CGAUCUGUGAGUCGCCUCUGGCCGCGAUGAACUCAAUAGCAUCAAAGGCUUUCCUGAUAUACCAGACGUCUUAAUAAAACUUACGCUUUCCCUGCGACUUAUAACUAUCUCGUCUACGCUCCAACUCUUUGUUGCGGACUUUCGAAGACGAUCACCAUGGCUGACACGGACGCUCCCGUUGUCGAAAAGAAGCACAGAAAAUCUGUUGCGUUCAGCGAAGGGACCACAAUCAUGGAUGCGAACGGGGCAAUCUCUGAGGCUGGUCAUGCCGAUGACAAGACUACUGCUGAAAAGCACACUGCUGCCUCCCCGGACAAGGAAGUGGACGAAGUAACUGAACUUUUUAAGGGUCUUUCGAAAAAGAAGAAGACAAAGAAAACGAAAGAUGCGGAUGCGGAGCCUAGUGCGGACGGCGAGUUCGACCCCUCGAUGAUGAAGAAGAAAAAGAAGAGCAGCAAAAAGGCCGCAGACGGUGACUUCGAAGCCAAACUUGCGGAGGCGGGGCUGGCUAGUGAGGAAGCCGCCCCAGAGGAGAAACCUUCGACUGAAGAAAUCGUCAGCGAUAUCGAGCACGGCAGAGGUAUCUGGGCCCACGGUGCUACACAACCCAUUCCAUAUAACCUACUCGUCACUCGAUUUUUCACCUUAAUUCACAGCCAUCAUCCCGAUAUCCUCUCAAGCGGUUCCAAAUCCUAUAAGAUUCCUCCGCCUCAGUGUCUGCGUGAAGGUAACCGGAGAACUAUCUUUGCCAAUAUCACCGAUAUCUGCAAACGGAUGAAGCGGUCGGAGGAUCACGUUAUGCAGUUCCUGUUCGCUGAGUUGGUCACGAGUGGCAGCGUGGACGGAAGCAGGAGAUUGGUUAUCAAGGGUCGUUUCCAGCAGAAACAAAUUGAGAACGUGCUGCGAAGAUAUAUCGUCGAAUACGUCACUUGCAAGACGUGUCGUAGCCCAGACACGGAACUCAACAAGGGAGAGAACCGUCUUUAUUUCGUUACAUGCAAUUCCUGCGGUAGUAGGCGCUCAGUCACUGCGAUCAAGACAGGUUUCCGUGGCCAGGUCGGAAGACGGAAGAAGCAGCAGGGCUAAAACGUGCAAACUUAUUUCGGCGUCCACAUCUAUGGUUCGCAAUGGCAUGUUCUUCUUUAUUAACCUAGCACAAUACACACUUCUCACGACUCGAUCGAGUUUAUUCUCUCCCCCACCCCCAUACUGCUUCCUUUAACGACUUCUUUUGUCGUUGAUUCCCUGUUCGUUUCUUUCCAUUAAGGAAGACACGAGCAUUACCCCCCCCCCGUCCCUUUAUCUUUCUAGCUUCUCCCAUAAAUUGACCCCCUAGAAGAAGCGUGAUCCUAUGAACUACCGCCAUCAUCAUUGACGUGUUUUAUUGCGGUUGUCUUUUCAAUUCCUUUUUAUUCCCUUCGAUCCUCGCGGUUCGAGCUUUGUAUGUUUUCUCCCUGCAUAAUGUACAUGUAUGCGUCUUAUGGAAUUGGGCUACUUUAGAAGGGGGGGGAAAAUGGUAAGGGGGAAGGAAGACGUAUGUGGGGGGAAAAAAGGAGAGGGGCAAAACGAAAAAUGAUCCUAGAUUGAGAAAUUUUAAAUGAAAAAUACGAUUGAUAUUGCUUCGAAGUAUC